AUGUUAACUAUGCAAUUAAAAUCUAUUUUAUUCCCGUUAUUAUGCAAUUAUCUAGUUGCCGCUCAAGAAAACCCCUAUGGUAAUUUUACAAGUCCAACAGCCGAGUCCUAUGUCCCAACUACAACUACUUUAACCCCUGGAUAUUCAGCUGCACCCUCUUCUAAUGUUUAUACAACAGUGUUACAAUCUAUUACAAUUUCAUCUACUAUAGUUGAGUACCAAACUCUUUUGGGUACUCCAAAUGUUUCUCCUUCAGGAGAUCUUGGCCCUGCCGAAACAACAAUAUCUCCAUUGUCACCAUCAGCUGCAUCUUCAGUUCCUUCAACCGUUGCUUCACCUGAAGAAUUGUCUUCAGCUCCUUUAUCACUAACUUCGUCACCAGUCGCAUCUCCUUCAGUUGCAAUUCCUUCAAUUUUAUCAUCUGUGCAAUCUACACCGGUAUCCCCAUCAAGUUCAUACCCAGGACCAUUAUCUUCAGUUGAAACUACUUCGUCUCCGCUACUUUCUACAUCAGCACCACUAUAUUCAACUUCAGCACCACUAAUUUCUGCCUCGGCAUCUUUGGCUUCCACAUCUUCUCCUCUAUUCACUUCAACCUCUUCAUUAGCUUCUUCAACACCACUGUUUUCAACUUCAACUUCAUUAGCAUCAACUUCAUUAUCAUUAUCAUCUGUCUCUUCUUCACUAGUCUCCACAGCUUCACCAUUGUCUUCUGCUGCAACUCCAGCCUCACUUGUUUCAACUCCAUCGGAAAUUUCUUUCACUUCAUCGUCCCAGCUAGUUUCAUCUUCAGCUCAGUUAUCAGAUUCAAUCCAAUCUACUUUAUCAACGUCUUCUUUCUCAAAUCAACAAUCAGUUCUUUCUCCAACUCGUACUAAGACUUUAACUCAUGUUGCAAGUAUUCCAUCUACUUCAACUGUUAUUGCCACUACUUUAGUUCCAAAUUCGGAAACUACUAAUACAUCUGAAACUGAUAAUGAAACUCAAGAGACUACCGCUCCAUCUCCAAAUGCUAAUGCUGAUGUUACUAACACACCUUCUUUGUCAUUAACUACAUCCACCUUUGUUAGUUCUGAUGCUACAACAACAUUUACACGCACUUCAACCUUAGUUGUUACAGUUCCAAAUAAGGUUACUAGCUUCACAACAUCAUAUGAAACUCAAAAAGAUAAUAUUGCCCCAGAGACUAAAAAAGAUGGACAAGAGCAAGGUCAAAACAUUGCAAACAAUGUUAACACUAACAUAAACAAUAAUAACAAGGAAGUUGAAACCACUAAAACCAUUCAGCUUACCUCCACUGUUACUGAAACACAAAGAGUUACUUCAUUCAUUACCCAAACAACGCGUGUUACAUCUAUUGAUGCUCAAGUUGCACAAGUUACUUCUGUUCUAACUCAAUUUGUAACUGUUACUGUCGGUGAAGUUACUGACUAUGUUACAAUAACGCCACCAAGUACUGUCUAUGUAACUAUAACUCCACCAGUUAGCACCGUCUAUUUAACAAUUACUGCUACUACAACUACAACUAACAAUAUCUGCAAUUCUCCAAUCAUUGCAAACUCCACUAUCUCUCAAUUUUCUAAUGCUGUAAACGGGACCAGCAUUUAUUAG